AUGCCCCUUGGAAGAAUGAAACGGUCGAAAAGCAGCCUAAAAGCAGCUGCUCAGGCACCUAAAGCGGAUAAGGCUGAGCAAGAUGCUCAAGUGUUAUCACCCGAAAAUGUGCCUUUGGGGAAUUAUAUACCACAGGUUGAAGAUGUUAAACCGGAUAGGGACGUUACUAACCCAGUUUUACUUGGAGUAAACAACGACAUAGAUCUUGAUCUCGAGAUCAUUUUUCUGGAUUAUGCCUUUCCUUUUCUCUUUCCCUUCUACCGCCCUUCAAUCUUUGAAGGAGGACGCGGCUGGCUGUUAGCGACAUUGAGAAACAGCAUGCCACUAUUCCAUACCGCCAUGGGCUUUUCGACCUAUUUCUUCACCUUAGUUAUGGCGAAUAUUGCUAAUGGUCAUGAUGAACAUGAGGCCUGCAGGCGAUUGAUUGAGCGCAAACUCACUUCUCAUAUUGAUAAUGCAAUCAGCUCCAUACGAAAGGGAAUACAAGAUCUCCAUGCUAGCCCGGUCCCGAUAUCGGUUUUUGGAAAGGCACAUCUCCUGGAAGGUGUCGUACAGUUGUUAGUAUUUGACACAAACAUUGCAAGGACUACAGAAUGGAGCGUCCACAUAACUGCUGCCGUCUCACUGCUCAAAGAGCUGUUGGAACUGCCCGAGCCUCGUGGCCAGCUAGCUGAUCUCACCUCGAUAUUUGUUAUGAUGCAGCGGCCCGGAUGGUCGACUGAGACACCAAGUCAUAGAAUGUGGAACAGCGAUCAAAGUGCCCUACGAUUUCACGUUGCUUUUAUCAUUUUUGCGGACAUAAUAUCUGCGACCACACUGGGAGAUGUGCCUAAAUUGCGAGAGCAUUAUACGCGCCUAAUUAAACCUAGAGCUGAAGUGACUCAUCCAAGUCAAAUAUUAGAAUUGGGAGACUUUGUUGGCUGCCAAGGUUGGGUUCUUCUUUUAAUAGCUGAUAUUGCCGUUUUUAUAGAAGGCAAAAAAUCCAGGCGUGUACUCGGAGAAGAUCUGCUUUCUAAGGGCAAAAAACUUUCUGCAGACCUUCAGAAUGGCAUAGCUGGUCUUAAUGCCAAUAUGCAGCAGCCUAUGGCCACUCCAGCUCUUCCUCAGGCUUAUGUCCAUCCUGAGACUCUACUACAAAGUUUAGACACCAUAUCGAUUAGCCUAAUAUGGGCACACGCAGCCGUCCUCUACCUAUACGUCGCUACUUCCGGGUGGCAAGAGCAAGACCAAGAGGUUCGGGAAAAUGUUUCAUCAGUAUUACACCUUUUACAACAGAUUCAUUCUCCGGCAAUCUUGCGUAGUCUUGCUUGGCCUUUUUGUGUCGCUGGUUGCCUUGCUCCCAAAAGUCAAGAAGCCGAGUUUAGGCAGAUUGCUUCCAAAAUGGGUUCGUUGUCAGCAUUUGGCACACUAAAUGAGGCAUUGAAGAUAAUGGAGAGAGUAUGGAACACUCGUGGAGAGAAAGACGCCGAAACAUGGGAUUUCAUUUGUUGUUUUAGUAUAAUGGGAUCAAUACCAUUGCUUAUAUAA